AUGUUCAGAACUGUUCGGAUCCGGACGAGGUGGCGGACUCGCUGCGGCCGUGCCGAUCUCGACGCCCUGGCUCCGCAGUUGGAAGCGGCCCGCACCGAAGUGCUCGACGACGUGAAGCUCUGGAACGAGGGCGGCAAAGUUCCUACCGAGAAAGAUCCCCUCGACGCCGGAUUCCUCGAACUGCCCGAGCGGCUGCUGAGCGAGUACCGCAGCAAGGGCGAUGCCAGCGAAUUGGGCCGCAUCAUCACCUGCGGCAAUCGCUUGGCCGAAGCCGUCGAUCGCGUGGUCGUUCUUGGCAUCGGCGGCUCCUACAUGGGCGCCCGGGCUCUGAUGGAGGGCAUCGAUCACCCCUUCCACAACGAACUUCCCCGCUCCCAACGCAACGGUCGCCCCCGGCUGUACUUCGAGGGGAACAACGUCGACAACGACGCCGCCCAGGGCUUGCUCGAUAUUUUGGGCCGCGACCAAAAGGCCACCGGCGUGGACGAUUCCUGGGGCAUCACCGUCAUCAGCAAAAGUGGCGGCACUCUUGAAACGGCCGUUGCCUUCCGCACCUUCCUGGCCGCCCUGCGGGCGUCUUGCGGAGGUGAUGCGAAGCGAGUGGCCGAUCUCGUGGUGCCCGUCACCGGAGAAUCCGGCAAGCUGUUCGACCUGGCCACCGCCCUGGGUUGCGAAGAAAUGUUCCACAUCCCCGAUGGCGUCGGAGGUCGCUUCUCGGUGCUCACCGCCGUGGGCCUGCUGCCGGCCGCGAUUCUGGGGCUCGAUGUCGUCGCCCUGCUCGAGGGUGCCGCGGCGAUGAACGAACGUUUCCGUACCAAGAAACCGGGGGAUAACCCCGUGCUCGACUACGUCGGCGUGUGCCAUCUCAUGGAGAAGGACCACGGCGCACUGAUCCGCGUGUUGUCGGUGUGGGACAAGGGGCUUGAAGCUUUGGGCCUGUGGUACGACCAGUUGCUUUCCGAAAGCCUCGGCAAGCACGAGAAGGGGGCCACCCCGCUCACGGUGGUCAACACUCGCGACUUGCACUCGCGUGGUCAACAACACCAGGAAGGCCGUCGCGACAAGUUGAUCACCAACCUCAUUGUCGAGGGGCACCAGCGCGACGCGAUCGCCGUGGGGAAAUCGGACUUCAACCAGGAUCAACUCAACACCCUGGCCGACAAGACGGUGCCCGACGUACUCAGUGCGGCCAUCCAAGGCACCAACAAGGCCUACGCCGACGACAAGCGUCCGACGACGAACCUGAGAAUUACCCACAGCGACGAAUCGGCCGUGGGGCAACUGUUCCAGAUGUUCAUGCUGGCCACCGUGGUCGAAGGCCGGUUGAUCGGCAUCAGCCCCUACGGGCAGCCCGGCGUGGAAGCCUACAAGAAGAAUAUGAACGCCAUCCUGCGAGCGACAUCCAUGGCAAUCGAACUCACCUGGUUAGGGCACGGAAGUUGGUCGAUCGCCACCGGCAAGCACACGGUGCUGCUCGAUCCGUUUUUCGACGAUUCCCCAACUUCUCCGGUAAAGGCUGACGAUGUCGAGGCCGACUUCAUCCUGGUCUCGCACGGGCACUUCGAUCACGUCUCCGACGUGGUGAAGAUCGCCCAACGAACCGGAGCGAUGGUGAUUUCGAACUUCGAAGUGUGCCAAUGGUUUGGCAACAAGGGCGUGGAGAACACCCAUGCUCAAAAUAUCGGCGGCGCUUUCCAGCAUCCCUUCGGCAACGUGAAGAUGACCAUCGCUCAUCACAGUUCGAGCAUGCCCGACGGUUCCUACGGAGGCGAUCCGGCUGGUUUCUUGCUGGACCUCGAUGGGAACACCAUCUACUUCGCCUGCGAUACGGCAUUGUUCGCCGAUAUGGAGCUGAUCGGAUCCGCCGGCAUCGACCUGGCCAUUGUGCCCAUCGGUGACAACUUCACGAUGGGCCCCGCCGACAGCGUUCAGGCCGUGAAGCUCAUCAAGCCAAAACGGGUGGCCCCGGCACACUACAACACCUGGCCUCCCAUCGAGCAGGACGCCAAAGCCUGGUCUCGCCAAAUCUCCGACAAGACCGACGCGGAACCAAUUGUGCUUGAACGACAGAUGUACCGAUGUGGCCGAGUGCCGGCUGUCGGCUUGUUGAUGGCACUGCUCUGCGUGGCUCCCCUGGUGGUGGCCGAUGAAGAAUGGCCGCAGUUUCGCGGACCCACCGGGCAAGGCAUCGCCGACGCCCACGACCUGCCGGUGACGUUUGGCAGUGAGAAGAACGUCGCCUGGAAGGUGCCCAUCGAAGGCACCGGCUGGUCAUCGCCGGUAAUCGACGGGAACCAAAUCUGGUUGACCACGUCGACCGACGAAGGUCAUUCGCUACGGGCCAUUUGCGUCGAUCGCUCGAGCGGAAAGAUCGUGCACGACGUGGAGGUGUUCGCCCCCGCGGACCCGCCGGAAAUCAAUGCUAAGAACUCCUACGCAUCGCCCACCCCGGUGGUCAACGACGGUCGGCUGUUCGUCCAUUACGGCACGCUUGGCACCGCCUGCAUCGAUUGUGAAACCGGCGAAGUGCUGUGGCGCAACACCGAAGUACAGCUCGACCAUAAGGAAGGGCCCGGCAGCUCACCGGUGUUGUUCGAAGACUUGGUGAUCGUCAACUGCGACGGCAUGGAUGUGCAAAGCGUGGUGGCCUUCGACCAGUCCGAUGGAUCGAUCGCCUGGCAAAGCACCCGUCCCGGCCCGUUGGACCCAAAUCCCGACUUUCGCAAAGCGUAUUGCACGCCGCUAGUGGUUGAAAUCGACUCCAAGCCGCAACUUGUCAGUCCUGGGGCAAGUCGGGUGAUUUCGUACGAUCCCCGCUCCGGCGACAUGCUGUGGCAGGUUGAUUACGACGGCUUCUCAAAUGUGCCAUGUCCCGUGUGGGGAGAAAAUUUGCUCUACGUAUGCACCGGCUUCAUGAAGCCGAAGCUGCUGGCCAUCCGCCCCGACGGGCUGGGUAAUGUGACCGAUAGCCACGUGGAGUGGGACUUCACCGCGGGGGUGCCGAACAAUCCUUCACCGCUGCUGGUCGAGGGGCUGCUCUACAUGGUGAGCGACUCUGGCGUGGCCACGUGUCUCGAUGCGGUCACUGGCAAGGUGCAGUGGAAAGAACGCCUGGGAGGCAACUACUCGGCCUCACCGCUUUGGGCCGACGGGCGGAUCUACAUCGGUAGCGAAAACGGACAGGUAUCGGUCAUCGCCCCCGGUGAUACCUUCGAGCGACUUGCCCUGAACGAACUCGACGGCCGGAUCAUGGCUUCGCCGGUGGCCGUGGGAAGAGAACUUUACAUUCGCACCGAUGGUGCCUUGUACCGUUUCGAGAAGCCGCUGACCACCGCCGCAAACUAG